GGCGCUAUGGCCGAGGACAUCGCUCUCCUCAUCGAGUCGGGCUCCGACGGGGAAAGCUUCGGUUGGUAUUCGCGGCUUCGCCGCCGGCGCCGGCUCCAGAAGAGAAUGCAGAGGCUGAGGCGGCAGCCGAGGCGCGGCCUCCAAGCCCCCCUGGAGAUUAUCGAUCUGACGGAAGAUGACCUGGCUGUGCGAAGGGUACCAUACAAUAACUUUGGUGUCAUCGAUCUGACCGAAGCCGAGGAGACCAUGGUCAGCCCUCUUCACAGCAGCAGCUACGUCGCUCAGGGCCUUACAUGCUCGACACCGGUUGGCACUCAGCCCGCGCAUUCCCCUAAAAUCCUCACCACAGCAGGAGCAGAGAACAAAUUUGGCGUGCCAGUUGGCGCAUGGGACAGAGGCUGUGAGCGACUUUCCCCCGAAGAGGAGGGGAAGCAGCCUUACUUUCAAAGCAGCAGCUUCUCGCUCAUCGCCAGCUAUGAUGCGGACUCCGACUGCAACAGCCACACCACUUACAAUAGCGACUUGGGCUCUUUGGGAAGCCCACAGCUGGAGUCGGAUGUUUUCUCCCUCUCCUCCAAUGAUAGCACUGAAUGCCAAGCCUUCUUGGACUGUGUGGAAGAGCCUCCCAGUACUUGCCUGCCUGAGGGAGACCCCAAGCCCCAGCCCUCCCCAACCACUCAGAGACAUUCCCCAAGCCCUGUCCCCUCCUGCCCUCCUAGGAGUCUUUCUACAUCUCCGGCAGAAGCCAAUCUGCCUUUGCUGGAGGCAAAUAACCCAGCGCUGAGUGCUGUGAAAUUGGAGGUACAGGAACCAGCUAAGCGGAUUAACCUCAAGGUCUGGUUAAAAACGUUGCAGUAUUUCCAAGGAGUGCCUGUGCAUCAUCCCUUUCUCCAAAAUGUGGUGCAGGAAAAGGAUGCCAGACAGAACCAGCCAUUGAAAGUCCAACCUAUCCCAUCCCGGAGAUUGAGAAUGGUGUCCAGCACAAUUGAGGAGAACUUCUAUCAGGGCACCUUGGAUUUCCUUAUGGAUUAUGUAUCCUGCAAGCACUACCCCCCAAAGGAGAUCACAUCAUGUGUGGUCAGGCAGAUUCUGCUGAGCCCAGAGCGCCAAGAUGUACAACCAGAGAUACAGAAGGAUGCUUACAUGUUGCUAAUGAAAAUCCAAGCACUUCACCCAGCCAAGGCUGAGACGGUGGUGUGGGACUGGCAGCUGCUAUGUAAGGUCAUGGAAGAGCAGGAAGAAAACAUUCCUGGACGACUCCUUUUCUUGCAGUAUGUGAUCCAGACCUUAGAGGAUGACUUCCAGAAGAUGGCCAGAACAGGCAUUCUGAACAGAUCUAUUGCCAAGGCAGUGCUUUCCUGUGACCAGUGCUUCAGCAACGUAAAGGAUGUGAGUGAAUGGCUAGUAGCUGCAGUCACCGGAGUCAGGAUUUCACAGCACAGAAAACUUCUCCAGGAAGUGAGAAGUCCUUCAUCAGAGACAUCUAGACAUGAGAGCAGCAGCUCCACACCAGAACUGCACUUAGACCAAUCUGUGCAAACAGAUGCUGCUGCUUCACAAUUUCAGACCCAAAAGGAGGUGGCACUUCUCCAGAGGAUGCUUUCUAUAGCUGUAGAAGUAGACAAAUCUCCAAACUGCAGUGCCAAUAAAAUUGCAGAUAUGAUGUUUUCUGAAGUACUGAAUAUUCCCAAGCGCUGCCAGAGGGAAGCCUUCCUAAGCAGUAUGGAAUGUCACCUCCUGCGAUGCAAAGUGUUGGAGCUCAUUUUCCAACAUAGCUGCGCAAUACCCACCAAACAGCCCUUGUCUUUGGCAACAGUCUUGCAUUUUCUGAACCACUUUUCUCUGCUGUUGACAUACCAGGACAAUGAAACCACAUGGCAAAGAUGGGAUGAGAUGCUUCACCACCUGAAUUUAUUGUUGCUGAGUUAUCGCAGCAUAGUCUUAGGGCACUUAAGAACCUCCGUGUGUGAACGGAUUAAUUUAAUUAUCAAGGCUACUAAACCCAAACUACAAUCAAAUGAUGAUGUUGAAGUAAGUGAUAUAGAGUGCAGCAUUCAAAGCUUCCAGAAGCAACUCUCUCAAACUCUGGGGCAGCCAAUUCCUUUACCCAUCAUAGAAAAAAUUAAGCUACUCCAAGUUUUGCUUGUCACUACCAUGGAUAUCUAACAGGAGGACUAUAGCCAGCUAAAAGAUGGACCUCUUCCAACUGGAAAAAGCUGAGCAAUGAGUCUGCAAACAAGAGUUCUCAAAAGGAACACAAACACAUCCCUCUUUGCAUUCCAGUCAUGUUUUGUAUUGCCUGUCAGUGGGCAGCUCAAGCAGUUGAACAAGUUCAUUUUAGACUUCUGUUUGUCGUACAAGUUUGUUUGUUCCCACAUGAGUUUUGUAUAGCUUUUUUAAUAAAUUAUUUUACUUGUU